GAUGCUAUUGUAAUUGAUGUUAAAGAAAAAUAUAUUACACCGGGACUUGUUGAUAUGCAUAGUCAUGUCGGUCUCAGCUCUUGGCCAUAUUUGUCCGCUACUAUGGAGACAAACGAAAUCACAGAUCCGAUCCGAUCUUAUGUUCGCGCUCAGGACGCUAUCAAUCCAAGUGAUCUAGCAAUUAGGAUUAUCGCAUCCGGUGGUGUUACAACUUCGUUGGUUCUGCCUGGUAGCUCUAAUUUGAUGGGUGGUGAAGCUUUCGUCAUCAAAAUGAGACCCGUUGAUACUUUGUCAGUGGAUGAUAUGGGUGUUUAUGCAAACAUUGAUCCUGAAAAGGAGAGAGCUUGGC